AUGUCAACAAAGAAAAGAAUCAUUCUUAUUGCAGCACAAAAACGUGAGAUUUGUGAAACAAAAGAAAAAGAACCAAACCUUUCUAAUGUAGCCCUUGCACAAAAUAUAAUAUUGGAAAAUCAACAUGGUCCUAAAUGGCCUCAACUUGAAAAUGCACUUAGUCUCUGGAUUGACAAUGCAUUUAAUACAAAACAAGAUAUUGAUGGUAAUAUCUUAAAAACAAAAGCAGAUUUUUUUGCUAGGCGGUUUUCUAUAGAAGAUUUUCAUCAAUCAGAGGGAUGGUUAACCGGCUUUAAAAAAAGACAAGGAUUGCGUCAAUUUCAAAGGCAAGGUGAAGCUUUAAGUGCUCCUUCUGCUGAAUCAAUAGAAAAUGACCGCAUUGCCUUACAACAAUUUCUUAAACACUAUGACCUUAAAGAUAUUUGGAAUGGAGACGAAACUGGUCUCUUUUGGAAAAUGGAACCUUCUAAAGUUUUGGCACAUGGCCCUAUAUUUGAUGAUGAAGAACUUGAAAGGUUAAUUUCCCUUCUUCCAAAAGGUGAUCUUAAUGCACGAGAAUAUAUUCAUAUUGAAGAUAAAGCAGCGGAGGGUGGGCUUACUGAUGAUAAAAUAAUUGAUGCUAUAUUAAAUGUAGAUAGGGAAGAGGAACAUGUAAUGGAUGAAAUUGAAUUUGUGCCAAUAUUAGAAAAAGUUAGUCCAGUAGAAGCAGAAAAUGCUGUAGAUAAAAUUAUAAGAUUUUAUAUGAGCAAGAGGCGGAAUUUGGGGAGGUAA